AGUAUUUUUCUAUUCGCCUCCUCGGCCGCUUACAGACCCCUCCUCUUCCCGCCGCGCCGCUCGCACUGGUAAGUAAAAAUUCUUCCUCUUCCUAAAUCGUUGCAAAACCGGUAGUCCGAUCGGUUCGGAUGGUCAGACUAAACCGAAUCACCGAACCCAUGUUCACUCUCGGUAAUUGAGAGUCCUAAAUUUGUAGUUUUAGCGUCCUCUCUCUAGUCUCGAGUCUCUCUCGCGCCGCUGCCAUUCGCUUGCCGCCGUCACUGCAGGAACUCUGUUCGGAGUUGGUCUGCUACCGUAGCCGUCGUAGAGAGCAAAUUCGGUUUUAGAGUUUUGAUACCUUUGGAACUCCCUUUUUCUAUUGCAUAGAUUUUCUUCCGUGCUUGAAUAUGACGUCAAGACCAGAACUGCAAGCUCCUCCCGAGAUAUUCUACAACGAUGCUGAGGCUCGAAAAUAUACUUCAUCCUCCCGUAUCAUUGAAAUUCAGGCAAAGCUCACAGAUAGAGCACUGGAGCUUCUUGCUUUGCCUGAUGAUGGAGUUCCCAGACUGCUCCUUGAUAUUGGGUGUGGAUCGGGUCUGAGUGGAGAAACAUUGUCUGAGCAUGGACACCAAUGGAUUGGUUUGGAUAUCUCACAAUCAAUGCUAAAUGUUGCAUUGGAGCGGGAGACUGAUGGUGACCUUUUACUUGGUGACAUGGGUCAGGGCUUAGGAAUUCGUCCUGGAGUUAUUGAUGGGGCUAUUAGCAUCUCUGCAGUUCAGUGGUUGUGCAAUGCUGACAAAUCCUGCCAUAAUCCGCGACAAAGAUUAAAGGCCUUCUUUGAGUCGCUAUACAAUUGCUUGGCAAGGGGUGCAAGAGCAGUAUUGCAAGUUUAUCCUGAAAACGUGCACCAACGCGAGUUGAUCCUAGGUUUUGCUAUGCGUGCAGGAUUUGCUGGUGGUGUGGUAGUUGAUUACCCACAUAGCGCGAGGAGUAGAAAAGAAUACCUGGUGCUUACGUGUGGUCCGCCAUCCAUUAGUUCGAGUGUUCCAAGGGGAAAGGAUGAAGAUUCUGAGAGCUGUUCUGAUGAUGAUAUUGGUGAAGAUGAUGAAAAUCAAACCGUUCGUAUGGCAGCACCGAGAAAAAGGCAGAAAAUUACAAAGAGAGGGAAAGGAAGAGAGUGGGUACUGAAGAAAAAGGAACAGAUGAGAAGAAAAGGGAAUGCUGUGCCUCCCGACUCUAAAUACACUGCUCGGAAACGUAAGGCUCGUUUUUGACUUUGAGUAUUAUACAUUUUUCUUUUUGCUUUUGGCUCUUGUCCGAAAUUUUUUUAAAUCAAUAGGGAGAGGGAAGAUUUUAAAUUACUGUGCUUUGAUUGAAUACUGACAAUUUCUACCAUAUAUAUUGUAUAUGGUGUGUGCGUUGAAAUUUUGUAGUAUUUACAAUGUAUUAUUAUUAUUAUUACUUAGUGUUCUUUUAACUCGAAGUUUCACUUUA